AGUGAGUGCAAGUUCCACUAAUAAUAUUUCGUGUUAUCAUUCAGCUCGAUAAAAUUCUCACUAUGAAACAUCGUAUUUGUAUGGCAUCGGACUUCUUCUAUCCGAAUGUUGGUGGAGUUGAAGCUCACAUAUUUAAUCUAUCUCAAUGUCUUCUCAGAAGAAAUCAUAGAGUCAUAGUGCUGACACAUUCUUACGGUGAAAGAAUCGGCAUUCGAUACAUGACUAACGGACUGAAAGUAUAUUAUCUACCUAUUAAAACGUUCUACAGUCAAUGUAUUUUACCCUCGAUGAUCUCUUCGUUACCUCUAAUCAGAUAUAUUUUGCUUAGAGAACGAAUAACGAUUGUACACGGACAUUCUGCGUUUUCUGCGUUAGCUCACGAAACCAUGAUGAUCGCCGAACUGAUGGGUUUGAAGACCGUAUUCACUGAUCAUUCUUUAUUCGGGUUCGCUGAUACUUCGGCCAUAGUUACGAACAAAUUUCUGGAAAUAUCUCUGGCUGAUUGCAACCACUGUAUUUGCGUUUCGCAUAUUGGAAAAGAAAACACGGUGCUGAGAGCUCGAGUGAAUCACGACCGUGUUUCGGUGAUUCCAAACGCCGUAGAUACUACAUUAUUUACACCGAAAGUGGAUAAUAUCUACCGAGGUGAAAUCGUUGUCGUGGUUGUGAGUCGUCUAGUGUACAGAAAAGGAAUCGAUUUGUUGGCUCAGAUUAUCGCCGAUUCUUGUCGUAAAUAUUCCCAAGUUCGGUUUCUAAUCGGCGGAGAUGGACCGAAAAGAUCGCUGUUGGAAGAUGUCCGAAAUAAACAUAAUUUAGAAGAACGAGUUCAAUUAUUAGGACGAUUGGAACAACACGAAGUUGUUCACGUAUUAAAAAGAGGAAAUAUAUUUCUAAAUACCUCUCUGACUGAAGCGUACUGUAUGGCGAUAGUCGAAGCUGCCUCUUGCGGCUUGAAAGUUGUUAGUACGCGAGUAGGAGGUAUACCAGAAGUAUUACCCCCUCCUUUGAUAUAUUUAGCCGAACCCGACGUCUCUUCAUUAUUAAUUAAUUUAAACGAUGCAAUUGAAGACUUCAUGAACGGUGUGGUACUGACUCCGGAGAAAUGUCAUAAUAUAGUUCGUGAGCUAUACACUUGGCAAAAUGUAACCAGUCGUACGGAAAUCGUUUAUGAUCUAGUCCUGCAAGAUUCGCCGAAAACGUUGAAAGAAAAAUAUAUGAAGUAUUUGCCCAGUGGAGUUCACUCGUUCCUUUUAGUAUUAUCGUUGAUGUACAUCAUUUUACAAAUUUUAGAGUGGUGGGUUCCCAGAAAAGAUAUCGAUCUUGUUAAAGACUUUAAUAUUUGUGGAAAAAAUACCAAAGUAGUUCGUGAUAGUUCUGACGCUGAAGUCGAACGCGAUUCUGAUUGAAUAAUGUAAACCGGUAACCGGUAUCUUGAUAUCCAUUUAUAAAGCAUUUAUGUCUCUUUUUCCAUUUUUAUAUUUGUUAUCUAAUUUAUCCACACGUUGUAUUUAUUUACUCGACCAAUAAAUAUUUCCUAUCGUA